CAAGGUUCUUAGUGUUACCAGCCUGAAUGUACAGUAGCACCCGACACAAGUGUUAGUUUGGAGUCAUCUGUGAUACAGUUGGGAGUUGUUUCACUUCAUGGCAUAUGCUCUGACCUUGCCCAUUUUACAAAAGUUUGCUUUGCCCAAUUCCUCACAUGAUGAAACAAAUCUUCUCUUGACUGAUAUGGAUAUGUAGACCUCUUCAAGAUGGAUAAGAACUGCAUCGAGGAACCGAGUGGAAUGACAAGGGGGAGCAUCUGCUUCUGCUGACAUCUGAUUUAUGUGGUUGAAAGUAUGGUUUCCUGACAGAGGAGUGCAUGUCAGUUUUUAACAGCAAAUCUUUAUUAAAUGUGCCAUCAGUUUUGGAAAGAUGAGAAGGGACCCAGUGUGGGGCAACUCAGUGAAGCUGAAAAUGUCUGCUAUUUCUGUUUUGUGUAUCCCAUUUCUAAGAGGGCUUUUGUGAUUUCUGAGCUUGGUGCUGUCAGCCUCAUGUGAGCAAACUAAAACAAAAAGCUGAUUUUUAGGAAACAAAAUGCCACGGAAAAAGAAAUCUGGUGGGAGCCCAUCUCGGAGGAACGACAACCCUGACAGAGCUGCUGUUGCUGUAUCCCAAGGGGACCUACAACACUCAGUGUUACAAGCAGCCUACAGUGUCAAUAAGGAAGAGCUCUUCAACAGCAUGUCAGAGAUGUUUUCUGACCUAGAUCCCAGUGUAGUGUACAUGGUUCUGUCUGAAUGUGAUUUUAAAGUAGAAAAUUCUAUGGAUUGUCUGCUAGAGCUGUCCACCCACGCCAAAGGAGCAGCCUCUUCCAAACCUCUGAGUUCUGAUUCAGUAGCAUCGUCACUAGCUUUUGUUCAUCAGCAAAGAUUUGUUGCAAACGAAAGAAUGGGGGAAAGUGCUGCAAAGCCAAGUAAUACUGAAGAAGGAAAAGAAAAGGUUCUGUCACCUGAUGAGCAGCUGACUGAGGAACUGGAUACCUUAAUAGAAAAUGCCUUGCAGAGAUGCAGCUUGAGUGAUGAAUUGCCCAGUUCUACAAAUGACCAAAUGGUAUGUGAGCACUCUGUGGAACACCAUGGCUUUAAUGAAUUUCCCCAGUGGGAAAAACCUUAUUCGAGUUGCAGUGUCCUAUUUUUCCCACAGCAAACACAGACAAAUAAUGAGACUUUGGAAAACUUCUGUUCUCAACCCCCAGUGAGUCAGCUGAGCAUCCAGGCAAGCUCACCAGCUGCACAGGUGCUGGAAGAUACUGAUGUAUCAGAAAUACACGUUCAACAUGAUGUAGCUUCAGAAUUCUACAAACAGUUGAAUGGAGAAAUAGCAUGUGGAAAUUCUGAUCAGACACAAGAUACUGUUUUGGAUCAAAUAAAUGUGAUUGCUUCUUCUAGUGAGUCCUCCCAAAGACCUCUGGAACAUGGAGUAGCCAUCACUGAAAGUCCUAGUUCAAGGAGCCUGCAACAGCAUCAAGAUCAAGAAGUAGAGACUGCCUUUAACAGCCAUGAGAGCACUUCUCUUCCAGAGGCAUAUGUCUCUCUCAAACCAUCCAGUUUCAGGACACCAAACCCUGCAGAUUUUCAGCAAACUCAACAGAGUUAUGACUCGAAUUUUCCCAUGCCAUCGUGCCAACCUCAACAACACUGGAAUCUCAUGGCUCCCACGUUCUAUCCUUCUAGUGGAAGUCCCACUUUUGUAACUCCUGUGGCUGUUGGUCCAGGGCUGUGGAGGAGACCUGUUUCAGGCUGUAGGACUUUGGAAAAAGGACUUUACUUUACCUCUCCAGUGGUUUCAAAUGCCUGGGAUAGCAACCCUCCUCAGAAGGUAUGGGGAAGUCAAGAUAGAAACUCAAAAUUGAACCUCUCGCAAGCACAGCAGCCACCUGUUUGUCACAUGAUGAGAAAAAAGAUGCACCUUAUAGGUCAAGUACUUGUUCUUCUCAGAGGUGUUCCAGGAUCAGGAAAAUCAUAUUUGGCAAGGACUUUGCUUGAGGAUAACCCAGAUGGAAUCAUUCUGAGUACUGAUGAUUACUUUUGUAAAAAUGGGCAAUACCAUUACGAUCCUGAUUGCUUAGGGGAAGCACAUGACUGGAACAGGAAAAGAGCCAAAGAAGCUUUUGAAAUGAGAAUCUCUCCUAUAAUAAUAGACAACACAAACAUACAAGCAUGGGAGAUGAAGCCUUACGUUACUUUGGCUCAGCAGUUCAAAUACAAAGUCAUGUUCCGAGAACCAGACACUUGGUGGAAGUUUAAACCAAAAGAACUUGAAAAGCGAAACAUUCAUGGUGUGCCUAAAGAGAAGAUCAAACGGAUGUUGGAGCGGUAUGAGCGCUGCCUUUCUGUUAGCUCAAUAUUGAAUUCUUCAGUUCCAGACAAAUCAGACACUGCUGACUGCACUGAAGAUCCUGGUCAGGAGGAAAGCCAUAGAAAGAGAGAGGCACAUUCUGAUGUAAAGGAAGAAAAUCCUCCUGCUUUUGAUGUGGAGCCUCUUGAACUAGCUGAUGAUAAAACUUUUCCCAGUACUUCUCUACCAUUAGAAAGUAACUGUGAUCCUGAACAUCUUCAGAAAGAGGAAAAAGAGCUGGAAAAUAACUCUAUGGAACACAGUUCUGAAAACAGCGCUGUUCAAGAUGGCUUGUGUGCCUCUAGUGUGGAAAAAGAGCUGCCCUUGGAGGAGAAAGAAGAAAGAGGAGAAAACCCAGAAAAAGACACUGGGACAGAAAUAGAUGAGGUUGAUGUGACUGCCACUGAAGAGGCCAUGUCUGUGCACACAGGAGGAAUUGAGGAACAGGAUGAUACCAACAUUCUCGAAGUUCAAACUGAAAUUAAACUAUCUGGUGAACUAUGUGUGGAACCAAGCAGUUCAGCUUCAGACACAUCAGGAAAACCAGAACUACUGAACUUCCUAGGUGACUGGCCUGUAGAGCAAACAAUGGGACAGAGAGUCAAAAGAGCUAGAAGGCUAGAAAAAGCUCUGAACAGCGAUAACGAGGGUAAAACUCCCACUCAGCAGCAUCUGGAGUUAGGUGAAGAGCAAGUGGGCCUGACUGAGACCUGUACUGUUGGAAAAGGAUGUGAGGAAGAAAAUCUACCCUCUAGCUCUUCAUCUGCAAAUUCAAAUAAAGUUAUGUCUGAACUGCAAAUGAUAGAACAUUGGCCUGUCUCAGGCUCGCUAGAACAGAGACAGCAAAGGUCAAGGAGAAUGAGGAAGACGAGUCCCAAUCAGUCUGAUGAAGGUAAAAAUGCUGAAGGUGACAUUGAUAGAAAUGCUCUUGAGACUCUAGAUGUGCUUCAUGGGACACCUGAGAUCACUGCAGAGCCAGCAAAUACAGAGGGUUUGCAUAUGCACCAACCUGAAACAGUAGCCAGUGAAACAGCAGGAGAGAAAAAACUCCAGCAAAACAAGAGAAUGAGGAAACAUCACAAGUUAGCCCUCACUUUUGCAAACAAUUUGCCCCAUUCCAAAGAAGAGGAACACCUGUCUGUGCUUAACUCAGCAGAAGAGAAACAGGACAUGAGUUCAUGUAGACAAAAAAGUAGCUAUUCACAGACUGAAUCGCAAGACUUUGCUCUUCUCUGGAGAUUAGAAAAGAAAAUGCUUUUUCCUGAGACUACCAAAGUAUUGCAUGGCAGAUUAGAUGGCUUCAAACCCAAAGAUGUAGCUAAUGCCUCAGAAUCUCAGGAAAAAAUCCCCUAUCGAGUUAUGUAUGACAGAAGCACAUUUGUGGAAGAAAAUGAACUUAUCAAUAUUGAUGAGUCUGAAAAGCUCAAUAUGCUCUGUAAGCUCUUUGAGUCUGUUUCAUUUGAAGCUCUGAAAGAUCUGUAUGAAAGAUGUAACAAAGACAUAGACUGGGCCACGGGUCUGCUGUUAGACUCUGAUGAGAAGUUAUGCAAAGAGGUUGACACCGAAUGCUUUCAAGUAAGAGAGGCUGAGACAGAUGGUGCAGACCUUGAUUUCAAGACAAGCACAAACUCUGAUGAGAAUCUCAAAGACCAUGAGCAAGCACUGCAAGUAACUGGGGCUGGUGAUGUCUCUGAGCCUUUGGAAGACAAGGACUCCUCAAUCAGCCUUGCAGAAAGUAGGGCUACCAAAGCAACUGUGAUGGAUGCUAAUGCGUCUGAGUGGUUGGCUGCUGCCUCUUUGAAUGGAUCAACAGAACUGCUGACUUCUGGAGAUGCAGCCCUUAGAACUGAUGCAGGCAGCUCAGCAGCUGAUAUCACUGAGCCAUCUGUUCCAGGGAAGCAGAAGACAGAGUCUGAGAGUCCUGUUGAAGAAACUACAAAUCAGCCAUCAGUCUUAAAACUACAUGCAGAUUUCUGUAUGCCCAUGACUUUCCCUCAUGGUCCUAACACAACUUAUGCUGAUUUGAAAUGUGAAUUAGAUAAUGAAAGUGAUCAUAACUCUUCAGAAAGCAAUGCAGGGGAUUCUACAGUGACUGCUUCCUUGCUAAGAAUGGAUCAUACAUCUUUGAUGGGUCCUGGGAGCGAUAAAGAACUGGAGAUGCCUAAAGAAAUGCAGGGGAGUUCCAGGGAGAUAGGUGGUAAAGAAGAAAUUGGAGCUCAAAGCUGGGAUGGAACUAAAGCCAAGACACAACCUUCUAGACCAGCAUCACGUGCAGCCUUCAGUAUAGAUUGUCUGGAGCUAACAUUGCCUCCUGAACUGGCACUGCAACUGAAAGAAAUAUUUGGGCCUGUUGGCAUUGAUGCAGGUUCACUAACUAUUGAGGAUUGUGUGGUUCACAUUGAUCUGAAUUUGGCAAAAAUGAUUCAUGAAAAAUGGAAGGAAUCUAUUCUGAAGCGCCAGAGGAAAGAUGAAUCAUGUAAGUUGUCUGCAGAAGGUCCUACUGUGAUUCAGCAAAUAGAUACAGAUGACUCAGAAAUGCUGUUAUCUCAGAAUGCAGACAGUAAAAUACAGAAGAAAAAAAUGAGCUGGGUUUCAGGCUCAUCUAAUGACAUGCAGACUGAAGAACCAGCAACAGCACACGUUUUUCCUUUUAUGGAUCACUGGAAUGCUCAGAUUCAGAAAGUUUCUCUCAGACAAAUAAUUUCUGAAGAAAUAGCUAUGCAGGAGAAACAGGACCUGAAUCGUGUUCCUUCUCUGUCUCGAAAAGACUGUGCUGCUAAACUAAAGGAGAAGCAGCUUUUUGAGAUGUUUCCAACUAUUAAUCAAAGUUUCUUAAUGGAUAUCUUCAAGGACAACAACUAUUCCUUAGAACAAACUGAACAAUUUCUGAACUGUGUUCUGGAGGCAGAUCCUGUAAAAACAGUUAUAGCUCAAGAAAGUGUUCAGCAAAAUGAACUUGGUUCUUCUUACAGUGCUACAAAGAGCCGGGAGAAGAAGGCAAAAAAGAGUAAGGAAGAGGAUGAUCCUUUGAGUGAAGCAUUCCAAGAUUUUGAGUAUCCAGAAUAUGAGGAUUUAAGAGCAGAAGCUUUUUGUCACCAGCGAAAGAGACAGGAGUGUUUGAAAAAGGCUGGGGAGGCCUAUCGCAUGGGUAUGAAGCCUGUGGCAGCAUUUUAUGCACAUCAGGGUCGCCUGCACGAGCAGAAGAUGAAAGAAGCCAACCAUGCUGCCGCCGUGCAGAUCUUUGAGAAAGUAAAUACUGCCUUGCUGCCUAUGAAUGUGCUGGAUCUGCAUGGGCUCCAUGUGGAUGAAGCUGUGAAUCAGUUGUCCAGAGUGCUGCAGGAAAAAACUGAAGAGUACCAGCAGGCUGGUGGUAAACCGUAUCUCUGUGUCAUCACGGGAAGAGGAAGCCAUAGUCAGGGAGGAGUUGCUCGCAUCAGACCAGCAGCUAUCAGAUACCUCACAAGCCACAACUUCAGGUUCACAGAAAUAAAACCAGGCUGCCUGAAAGUCAUGUUGAAUUGAAGGUUGUGGAGAAGAGGAAUAUGGAAACUGACAUGUUGGAUUACAGCUAAAGACUUUUUGAACAGCUGCAAUAGGAUUUUGUAAUCAGUUUUAAAGGACAAUAUUAGAAAUGGUCUCAAUUUACAGCAAGUGGGUUCGUCAGUAUGUUUCCAAGAAUUCUUUUACGUGGAGUGGAUCCUUUUUACAGCCUGCUAAAAGACAACACUGAGAGGAUUUCUAGCCUCAGAAAUGCAGGUUAAGAAUUAUGCUGAUCAGUGUGAGAGAUGUUCUAAAGGGAAGUUAAGGUACAAUUUUAAAAUACAGCUGUCUUCUCAGUGCACUUGCUCUGUCUUGAGACAGAAUUGCUGUGGUUUCUGUGCUUUUAAAAGAUAGUACCUUGUGUGAGGUUAUUUUGAGAUUCAGAACUCUGCUAGACCCUUCACAAGAGCAUAGAAGAGGUGAGAACUCAGCAACUAUUGAUAUUUCAAAUAGAGUUACAGCUGAGUGCUGCAUAUUUUGAGGUUUCUUCAAAAUUCUGAUGUAGCCUUUUUAGUGCUUAGUUUGUGAUGGGUUGAUCAGUUCUGACAUCCUCAGUCCAUUCUAAACUUCCCCUGGUCCUGACGGAAAUUGCAUGUAAAGGACUCUCUAUUAAGACCAGCUGUGGUUUUGGUAAUUCUCAGAUUCACUAUGAUCUUUUAAAGGGAGAAACACAGUGAUGUAGCUCAGUCUGUACUUACACAUAGAUAUUACUGUAUUUUUGCAGGAAAUUCCUUUAUUUUUUCAACUUCUACUGGGUUAAAAGUAUUUCUUCUUCUAUGGCUUUUAAAAUGAAACAAAUUGAGUGGUGUUUCACUUUACAGGUGUCUAAUAGUGAUGUGUCUUCAUUCUGUGUGCAUUAGAUUUGGUGAUUUCCUUGUAGAAAAUACAAUUAUGAGAUAUUUUAAAUGUAUUUUUGAUAUCAAAAUUAAUGUUAAUGCUACAGUAGUAACUGCCUAACUGAAAAAUCUGGAGUACAAGAAGUGGUGUUGGCAUCAGCAUGUAAAAAAUACCUAUGUAAAAAAAAACCAAACAAAAAAAAACACAAACCCAAAACCCUAACUGACCCAACAAAACAAUCAAACAACAAAAAUACAAACAAACAAAAUACAAACUGGAAAAAAAAAACCCAAAGUGAAAACAACAACAAAGUCUCAAACAGAUUCCCCCCCCCCCAAUUAGGUAUAAACAUCUGUACUUUGGCAAGUGUUACCAAUAAGCAAACAGAACAUGGUUUUAAUAGAAAUAUCUUCUAGUAUGCAUUACUACUUUUAAUUACUUCUUUGCCUCUUCUUAGGCAUAUGAAUUUUUUACUAUAAACUGUGUAACUUUUGCUGUAAGGCUUUUCCAGAACAGGUAUAAGCUGAGUAUUUAGAAAUAAUAGGUUAAGGAUUAGUGGGAAGGUUUGUCAUUUUCAACAAUUUAUGCACUAAUUUUUAUCCAGGAACUCCACAGGCAUAGAAUUUUUGUAUGGAUCCAUAUUGUGUGCACAAGUUUUGCCAUGUAUGUGCACGGGUUAUUAAUAUGCAAGGAACUUCUGUGAGAAGAGCUGAGCACUGGAAUAGGUUUCACUUGAAAAUGUGUAUGUUGAAGUUGCUGCCAAACUGAAAGACAUGAUAGUUCCUGUAUACCCAGAUUUGCUGUAAUUUAUGCAGCAAAUAUAUACACAGUAGAUGCAGCGUGGGGUAGACUUCAAAGUGAGUUUGCCAUGCUUCAGCAGAUACAGUAAUCUUUUCAUAGGGAUUUCAAGUGGAAGAAUAGCUUGACUAAUAGGCAGGCAAAGGGACUCUUUGCUGGAAUAAUAGACUGUCAUAAUAAGUUCUGUAUUUUUUGUGGGUACCUUAGUGUUCAUCUGAAUUCUGUCCCUUCUGGUUUUAUUUCUCUUUGGCCUGCUCCGGUAACCAGUAGAGAGAUAUAAGUAAGAUCUCUGCUCCCCACUAUUAGAGCAGUUUCUGCCACCACAUGAUGUCCCGUGCAGUGAAUCUCAUGCUGCAUCCUCUGUGACAGUACAUAAGAUGGACUCAAGACAGUAGUUCAGACCAUCAGUUGUCCAGGGUUGUAGGUGCUAGGAUUGCCUCAGUGGAGCCAGGAUCUUUCUUUUGGACUAAGUCACUUCAUGCUGCUCCAGCUCAGGUUUUCCUUAAUGCUGCUGUUUGAAGGAAUGAAUGGAGUUGCAGCUCUCUAGGGCAGCUUCUUAAAGUGUAGUCCCUGUUGGUUGGCCUGGGUGACUGCGUUGCCCAGCAAAGGUCUCUGUGGAUGCUCAGAAGUGUUGCUGUUGAGCUGCUGAGUGCCCAAGCCCUGCAGUGAUGUGCUUGUAAGCAGGGAAGUGUCAACACUUAAGGUUGUUUUGGAAGGGGGCCUGAUUCACUCAGCAUAUUCAUGCUGUUCCUGACAUGGACAAAGACAGCUUAGAUUUCAGUUCAAAAGACAGGCAGGAAAAGUUGUUGUCUUGCCCAUCUGUUCAUCAUAAUCUAGUUGUUGACAAGUUUACCCUGAAGAUGAGAAACACAGCUUUUUAACAUCUUCUGGCCUAGCAGUGGGACAGCAAUUGUGCUUGACUCCCACUUCCCCAGCAAAUGCAUUCUAACCAGAGUGCUCAGGAGUGUUCUUGAAGUCCUCACUUCCUGAGCCUCUUUCAGAAUCACCUCUGCAAGCUGAAAAUCAAGAUCAAGGGGACAAAAGAGAUUUUAGAACAAAAAUUACAUCAUCAUUCUCUGGUAGGAGGUUAAGACUCUUCAGAAAAGAAGCUUCAAUGUCCCUCAUUAUUUUUUGUCACAGUCCUAUUUGGACAAAUGCGUAUAAAACGUUCAGGGCAAAACCUCAGCGCCGCCCAGUACUGGGAGUUUGUUUGCUCUGGUCUGUCAGUCAUCUUUACAUAGCUUAAGAGCAAUCUGGACUACUCCUCUCUCCAUUGCCCCUUUGGCUGCAGGCAGAGGCUCAUUAAGGUUCUCAGAGUACCCUGUUGAUCAUUUGCCUUGUAUAAAUUGUUUGCUUAGAACCUGAACUUCAAGAAGUGCUUUAAAAUCAUAACACAGACAGAAACAGUCUGACCUUUCUUGAAGCUGGUAAGUCUUUCCAUCAGCUUCAGCAGCUUGAGGUGAGGCAUUGUAAUUCCAGCUUUGAGGAACUAUGAUGAGCUCAACUUUCUUUCAUAGGAGCUCUAGCAUGUGCUUAGAAGCUGUGCUGAGCUGGAUACAAAAUGGAGCAGAAGACUAAUGCACAAAGAUUUUUACUUAGGAUCUCCAUGCCUUCAGCUUCUUGCCAAACUGUCCAGAAAAAAAAGAACAAACCAAACCUGGACUUCUUAGGUUUUUUUGACUGUUUUUAUAAUACAUAAUGGAAUUAAUUACAUCAAAUGUAAUUGAUUCAAAAUGGUAUUUCAGAGUAGGUUACAUUUUAGAACUUCCAGCUUUUCUGAUGUCUUUUGCAGUUACAUCAGUGAGGAUUCUAAGAUACUAUGUAAAUUCUGUACAAUCUUUUAAUUCAGAUAGUACUUAAGCAUUACCAGCAGCACUCUGAAAUAAUGUGUGACUUAAGAUACCUAUUUUGUGUACCACUUUUUAUUCUAUUCUUCAACAGCAUGUGGUUGUGAUGCCUGCUAGCCUUUAAUAUAUGACCUUGGAUUUUUUUUCCUAACCAAAUAUUUUAACUUUUAUCCUGAUUUUUAAUUUAGGAAAAAAAAAAAACUUUUCUUUUGAAGUACAAAUGGAUCUUGCCAGCGUUGAUGAGUUACUUGACAGUAAAGCAAAAAUAAAAAGGCCCAGAGAUGCAGUGAAGUUGGUUCUCCUAAGUAACGUGUUUAACAAACUUAUUUCAGUUGAUUGUGAAAGUAGUAGGGCAAAAGUGAUGUCAAAAAAAGAAAACUUCAAGAUAACAUUGAUACUACUAUAACGACUUUGACUUUGGCUUUUAAUAGUACCUGGUACAAUUUUAUUUAAACUCCAUCUUUUUAUAGGCCUACUGAGGGACACCUUAGGCAAAGUUCAACUGGCAUUUGUUUGGUGGCUGUUGGAAACCGCUGUGACUUGAGAAUUCCCAUUGAAGCAGUGUCCAGAUGGCCCAGUCAUAACCUAGAAACUAGAACAUCUGGAGCAUUGCUGUUAUGAAUAUAUAUAGUGUCAGGGAAGGUAUUUCCAUGUCUAGAAGAAAGUGUAUUCCAGCAGGUUUUCCCUGAGAAGGUGAAAUAGAGCCAAUUUGCUAUUCAGCUUUGCCACAAAAUAAGGUGGGUAGACUGAAGGAUAAUUUCAUUGUUGAUAAUGGCAAGGGAAGGAUUGUCAUAAAGAUAAUACGAGAAUAUACACGGACUUUGCUACCGAUACUUACGUCUUCAAAUGCAGGUCACAUUUCCAGAAUAGCGUUGCCCUCUGCAGAGCUAAGGAGGUGCUAGACUGUGAGCAGUGUAACAAAGAGGAGCUCUUUGUCUUACCACAGUUGCCAGGUGUCAUCUUCUCUUGAAAAGAAAGACAGCAUGGCAACCCCACCCAAAGCCCAGCUGUUGAUGCUGUUGCAGCUACAUAAACUCUGCAGAGGUUUUAAACGACUUCUGUGUGAAUAUGCAUGUGAAAAGACCCUAGUAUUGCAGCUACCAAUUGUAAAAGCUGUUUGGACCAGUACUUUGGAAGAUGUCAAUGUCUAUUUUUGAAUUAAAAUUUUAAAAAAUAAAGAUUUUUGUUUUUAAAACUUGUAUAAAGUUGUAAUUUUGCUGCUAACUCUAACUUUCAUUUUUUACUGAAAUAACAGUUUUUAUAAUUUGCAUUUAGACUUUCUAAUGUGAAAAUGAAUAUACAAAAUCUAGUUUAUAAUAAAGGAAUUUUUGCCACAA